GUGUGUGUGAGAGUGUGUGGGGAAGUAGCAGCAUCUUCUUGCAACUUUGAUUGCGAACUCACGUGAUUCAGUUCAGUGGACACAGGAGAUGCAUUAAGAGUUCUUAACGCUCAGGAGAAACUGUGGGACAAGCGGAGUGGAGAAAUGGCCGAUAACAGAGGCUCAUCUGAAGAAGCGUCCUCCUCCAGAGUCAUCAGGGUGGUUUUCUUGGCGCUUCUGCUUGAUUUGCUGGGCUUCACGUUAAUACUUCCUCUCCUGCCCUCCAUCUUAGAUCACUACAGUCAAACUGGGGACAAUGUGUAUCAGUCAUUACAGAGCGUAGUGGACUGGUUCAGAGGAGCAGUUGGAGUCCCGAUGGAAACUAAAUACAACAGUGUGCUUUUUGGAGGUCUGAUAGGCUCACUCUACUCUCUGCUGCAGUUUUUGUCGUCACCAAUUACUGGGGCUCUUUCAGAUGAUUAUGGCAGGAAACCUCUGCUGCUGUUAACAACUAUAGGUCUCAUGGCGUCCUACGUCCUGUGGGCUUUCUCUCACAGUUUUACCGUAUUUCUGCUGUCUCGAAUAGUGGGAGGCAUCUGUAAAGGUAACGUCAGCCUGUGCACUGCUAUUGUGGCGGACCUGCCUUGCCCUAAAGCAAGAAACAAGGGGAUGGCAAUGAUUGGGGUGGCCUUCUCCUUGGGGUUCACAUUGGGUCCAUUAAUGGGAGCAUACUUUGCUCUGAGACUCAAAGAUGCUGAGGUGUUUUAUCAAGGCCCUGCCAUGCUGGCUGUCCUUUUUUCUUUAGCAGACCUGCUCUUUAUCUUUUUCAUGCUCCCAGAGACUUUACAAAAGGGGGCUUCAGAAUCAUCAGGUCUCCAACAGCAAUCUGGAGAUCUUCUUCACCCUGUUGCACUUUUCAAUUUCACUGCGGUCAGGAGGACAGAGAAUCCACCAUCUGAACAAAAAAUGCAGAAUCUUAAGGUGCUUGGAUUGGUGUAUUUUACAUAUCUGUUUCUGUUUUCUGGCCUGGAGUUCACCUUGAGUUUUUUGACACAUCAACGCUUUCAGUUUUCCAGCAUGCAGCAGGGGAAGAUGUUUUUUUUCAUUGGCAUCACUAUGGCAGUGAUCCAGGGUGGAUAUGCCCGCAGGAUCAGGCCUGGCCAUCAGAUCCAGACUGUGAGCAUGGCAAUUAUAACACUCAUACCAGCCUUCCUGCUUGUUGGAAUUGCGUGGAAUUUGACACUACUCUAUUCUGGAUUGUUUUUGUACUCUUUUGCUGCUGCUAUUGUUGUUCCGUGCCUUUCAACACAAGUGUCCGGACAUGGCUCAGCCAGUCAGAAAGGAACAGUAAUGGGAAUCCUUCGUAGUCUUGGAGCUUUAGCUCGAGCACUGGGCCCUAUUGUUGCUUCUUCAGUGUACUGGCUGGCCGGAGCUGAAUUGUGUUUUAUCAUCAGCUCAGUGUUCUUUAUAGUCCCUCUGAUUUUACUGAGUCGCCUGAAGAGACAGAAGGAGGAGUAAGAUGAAGUAUUCAGUCUUAUUUCAUUAUCGAUAAAAGCAUUAAAGCCCUCUGAACAAAAACUCCCAUCGAAAUGUUUACAGUGAAAACCCUAUUUUACUUGUUUUAUAGCAUUAAAGCUCACUGAAUAAAAGUUCCCUUUAAAAUUUUACAGAGAACCACAAUACAAAGUACGUGGAGCGCUUUAAUGCACGGUAAACAGUAAAACUGUAUUUCAUGAAUGUACUGUUUACACUUUACAACACAUGUUUAUUCCUAGUGUCUGUGUUCCUGAUUUAUCACAAAGACUUUAUAUAUUUGGUGAUUGUAGCUUUAUAUGCACUGAUAAACAGCAGGAAAAAUAAGUACUUUAUUGAACACGUCAUGAUUUUUCAUGGUAAAUAUAAUUCUAAGGGAGCUGUUGAGUUGAAAUUGACCCAGAUAUUGGUAAAAAUCC